AUGGCUCAGUUUGACUCUGAAGAUGAAAUGAUCAAGUGCUACGCACAGACGGUUGUUGAUAUAUAUUUAAAUUACGACUGUGAAUUGGUUUUGUCGAAUAUCUUUCAAAGAUUGAUCAAUGAUUUGUCUAAAGUUGCCCAAGGACGUCAAGCUAUUGAAUUAGGAGCGACACAAGUUCAAGAACGCAGUAUUCGUAUCAAAGGUCUGGAAUGUUUCGUUUUAAUUCUUAAAUGUAUGGUAGAAUGGAGCCGGGAUCUUUACUUUAAACCUGAUUCUCAAGUGGACGAUAAUUUUGACGUCGUUCCAAUUCCAAAGGUGCAUUAUCGAUAUUAGCGCUGGCUUUAAAUGUGGUGUCAUCCGCGUAAGCAUGAAUAGUUGAGUCCGAUCCAACAGCUUCGGGAAGAUAAUUGACGAAAAUUAAAAACA